ACACGUAGGGUCUUACUAUGUGAAUCUAACUAUACUUUGUAUAGAUAUUAAACUGUAGUUUAUAUAGCUGUUCACAAGAAAUGCUUUCAAUUAAACUACGAAUAUGUCUUCUGAUUUUUAUUGCUAUUGAAUUGCGUCAUAUAUUUGCCCUCGAUGACGGUGAUUGCAUCUAUUUGAAUGGAGCAGAAUAUUUUCAUUUCUCUCCAGGAGGUUACGAUCCCAGCAAUCAUGUAAUGAGCGAUACAGAAUGUCGUGCAAAAUGCGGAUCAUUCUUUUUGCCUUACGCAGGAAUUUUAAACCAAAAACUGUGUCUUUGCGCAAAAGAUGAGAAAGUUGAAAAAGUCCCAUCUGCCCCAAUUGAAGAAUGUGGAACCAGUUCAGAUCUUCUUAUCUUCUAUCGAUCAAACAUAAUUAUUUCAGUAACUGGACUUACUGUGAAACCAUCCGAUGAUGUUGUCCAGACAGCUACUGAUGUAGUCUUUUCUAUGAGUUAUGAUACUGGUGAGGAAGUCGAAUUUACAAUUGACUAUGGUGAUGGCAGUUUUGGAAUAUUCAAUGAUGUACAUGAUGUAUUGGGACACAAAUAUUAUGUACCUGGAAAAUAUAAGGUUCAGGUAUCAGUAAAACCUGUUGGUGCCCCAGAAUCUUACAGAGUAUUGGCUAGUACUGAGGUGACAGUAGCUGAUAGCAUUGAAGAUAAAAGUGUUGUGUUUAGCUGUCCACCAGUUGUGAAACCAACUGUUGUAGUAACUUGUAAUUUAACAACCAUUACUGGUGGUUUUGUUACUAUGGAAAUAGAUUAUGGAGAUGAAUCAGAUAAAGUAGUUAUGGGACUUCCAGAUACCAAUGUACAAGCUCUUGGACCUCUUGUACCUCAGCAUGAAACACCUGAUAUGUCACCUAAAGAAUCAGGUUACAUGUUAAUUAUCCCUCAACAUGAACCUGUUAAUACACGAGGUCGUCUUUCAGCUGUACAGCUAUGGGCUAUAGAGUCAGGAGCCAUGGCAGUAACAGUUCUGAGGAGGAAAUGCCCGGAAGGUACAAUUUGUCCAGUCAUUAGAGAUAUCCGUACAUGCAGCAAGGAAGAUUCUUUUUGUGCACAGUUGCACACAUGCACAAGCAACAAAAUACUUAAAUGUCCUCAUCAUAGAUUAAAUAAAGUUUUAGAGUUUGAGAUAGCACAUAUAAUUCAAAUUACAGUUGAAAUUGGACAUCAGUAUGUGACUCUUACGGACACACCUGAAGUUCUACCUGGUGAUUUAAUAGGUUUUAUAUCUACAAUGGCUAAAGUUGGAUACAGGAAACCUGAUUUAAAAGAGGAACCUAAUUUAGGUGCUAUUACUUUUGAUGUCAAAGAAACUGUGAUACCACAAGAAAUUCUCACUAAUACACAAAAAGUGCACUAUUUUCAAGCUAUAGUCAAUAAUCCAAUAGAGCUUGGAGUGCAAUAUCUCUUUAACAAAAAGAUAGGAAUGCACGAUGUAGUUAUGAAACUUUCUAAUAAGUUUUCAACAACUCCUGUGAUGCGAAAGCAAGAAGUUGACUCACAGCGACCACUUAGUGGGCUAAAAUUGAGUGUGACUCCACCAGAUGUGUCUACCACAGAACAAGUGGUAAUUGAAAUAAAAAUAAGUGGUGGUACCUUUGUUGAUGUUCUUUGGGAAUUUGGUGAUGGUAGAUCUAAGAAAGAAUUUUUAAGAGAGGUGAAGAAAGGUGGGAAAUAUGAAAAGACUUAUAAAUAUCCUGAACCAGGGGUUUAUGUCAUUCGAGUUAGAGCUUCAAAUCCACAUGCUAACUUUACACAAUCUCAUGUUCUUAGAGCACAGAGGCCAGUCCUUCCAAUAUAUGGUGUUACAACCAAUACACCUCAGAUCCUUCCAAGUCCAAUUAUGUUUGAAUUAACGUAUCCAGCUUCUGAAUUGCUUCCCACAAAUGCAACUGCUGUGUUUACAUUUGGCGACAAGAAAACAUGGAAAUGGAACAUUCCAAAAGAAGGCGAAGGGAUACAAGAGUCUUUUGAGCACAAGUAUCGAAAGCCUGGAGUGUAUCUUGUUAAUAUCCGUAUUUCAAAUAUUGUGUCAUCCUAUACUCUUUUAACCGAGGUUGAAACUGCUGUUAGAAUCCGCGAUCUGGCUGUUAAUGUUCUUUAUAGUCCUAAUCUUGGAAGUCAUGAUCAAAUUGCUGGUUACGGACCUGAGAAGAAUAAGUUCCCAGUAGAGAGAAAUGUUUCUAUGCAUAUGAGUGUUGCAACAGGUGAGGUUGAAUUAUAUAUUGUACAAAUGGCAAAUGGCACUACACUAAUGAAUGCUUCUGACUCUACUUAUACAACAAUGUUUCAAGAGCCUGGAUUUUAUAAUUUCACUGUAUCAGCAUACAAUCAUGUACAAAAGACUACAGAUCCAGUAUUCCUAUUUUUAUACCUCAUGGAACCUGUUGAAGGUUUAAUUGCUAUUGAUAAUGUUAAUGCCACAUUGGAGGAAGAAGAAGAUAAAGAAUUUGAGAUUUAUCUAGAACGUGUGGGCACGGACACAUGUCUACUGGUUGACUAUGAUGACGGAACAGUUCUGAGAGCAUUUGGUAAUGGAGAAACUUGCAAUGACACUGCAGAGGAAGUUGUUUGGGAAGGAGAGCUUGAAAAUCCAUUGGUUAUUCGACAUUCUUACAUAUCUAAAGGCUACAUCGAUGCAUUUUUCAAGGCAUUUAAUGCCAUAUCAGAAGUAAAUACUACUGUGCGGUUCUUCAUUACAAACCAGACUUGUAAAGCUCCAGAUUUAUCCAUUAGAAAUAGGAUUCCCAGCUAUUAUUUGGCUCCAGAAACUUUUAGGUCACUGCCUGUUGUAUUAUAUUCAUAUACCACCAUGAAAUGUAAUGAUUCUGCUGACACUGUUCGAAGCUGGAGUGGCUUUAGAUUGAAUGAAACAAAUGGUCAAGUUCUCGAAGAGAUUGAUCUGACAAUGGUUGAUUCUUACAGAAAAUCCAUGCUUUAUUUAAGACCAUUCUUUUUAAAAGGAGGAAUUUAUAAGUUUAAAUUUACUGUGAAUAUGACAGUAUAUAUCCAAAAUCCUCCUCUCAUACUGGUGCGAUCUGUGGAAACAUAUGUAAAGGUUGUACCUUCCCCUGUAAUUGUAAGACUCACAGAAGGAGCCCAGUCGCGUGUAACUAGAGGAUGGGGACAAGGUUUGAUACUUGAUCCAGGACAGAACUCCAUCGAUCCAGAUGACGAAAAUAAUAAGAAUUUUACUAUAAAAUGGUUUUGUCGCCGCUUGCCUGGAGAGGUGAUUAACCGGAACUUAACAGAUGACCUGCAAAAUAUCUCAGAUCCUAUAUAUGACCGAAGUGUCCUCUAUAGAGAGAGACCAACAGGCCUACCUACUCCAAGUUCUGAAGAAAGCAGUGAAGAAGAUGAUGAAAAUAAGGAUGGUUUACUUGAAGAACCAGAUCUUGGUGGCUGUUUUGGAAAAGGGCCUGGCAUGAUUAACGUCACAGAGAACUAUGUGAAUUGGAACACAACUGUAUUCAGGAGAUCCAAUGUUACAUACGAAAUUAUAUUAAAAAUAGAAAUGUCUGAUCGAGAUCCGAGUUGGGGUGGCUUACAGAUAGUUCUUUUAGAACAUAUACCUCCUAUCAUUAGUGUGGAGUGUCAAACAGAAAAACUAUGCUAUCCAAAUGAUCCUAUAGGUCAGCGCAUUAAUCCAGUAAGGGUUGGCUUGAUUGGUUUAUGCAAAGAAGGUUGCGAUACUGAACUUUUAUAUGAAUGGCAGGUUUAUGGAGUGGAUGCAGAAGGAAAUGAAACAUAUCUUGCAGAAGCAGGGGAAUUUCUUGUUGGUGCAACUGAAAAGAAAAUGGCAUUGAGUGAAGAUUUCUUCAAGGAAUAUUAUCCAACAUAUGGAGAUUUUAUUGCCAAACUGAUUGCAGAAAAUGAAUAUGGUUUACGAGGAGAAUCUGAUCUGUUUCUUCACAUCAAUCAACCUCCUGAAGGAGGCAAUUGCACAAUUACUCCUGACGGUGGGAGAGCUCUGAUUGAUGUAUUUAGUGUUAGCUGUCUAGGAUGGUCUGAUCCAGAAGGGAAAGACAUAGAAUAUUUUGCAUUUUGGACUAUCCACAAUGAUACUGGCUCUUUAAUCUAUUUGAGUGCUGGCCCAGACCCAGAAGCUACUCUUGUACUACCAUAUGGACUUUUUGAGUUGGGUGUUGAUAUCAAAGACAAAGAGGGGGCUUUGGCAAGAAUUAAUAUUACAACCAUGAUGCUGGAACCUCCUUUCAAGCAAGAUUAUGACAGCUUUAUGAAUAACAGGCAGUUAGAGCAAGUUGAAGCAUCAGGAGAUCAAGCUCGGAUGAAUCAGGUUUCACAGGCCUUAUCUUCACUUAUGAAUGUACGAAUGCCUAUUGAUGAGAACAGUACUUAUGAAGAAGUAACAACUACUGACCCUGGUCUACUAGACAAAGAAGCUGAGCAAAAAGCUUCCACACGCUUGAAAAUGGUUCGCUCUGUUGGUAAUGUAAUGAAUACUGACACUCUUGGUCAUUUGGAACAGAUUGGUAGUGCAUUGACUGCUAUUGCUGGUGAUGGAAAUGGCAUUGACAAUGAAGGAAUAGAGGCAAUUAUUUAUCUUCUCAACAAGACUGUGUCCUUGGCAAAUAAUAUGCAAGUUGAAGCACCACAACAACUUUUAGAUUUCUGUAUGUAUGCUGUUGGGACAAUGGGUGGAAUAGUAGCUAGAAUGACAGAGCAGUUGAUAUCUGGAGUAGUGAUGCCAACAGAUAGAACCAAAGCUUUGGACUUUGAAUAUGAUGUAGAAAUUCCUCUUUAUGGUGAAGAGGAAAAAGAUAGUUUCUUUGAUGGGACUAUUCCCUUGGAAGAGGCUUUGACCAAAGCUGUAAUUAAACACGAAAGAGAGCAGGCUGAAGGACAUAUUCGUACGAUUGUCGAUCUCACUAUUCGACUGGUUUUAGCAAUGUUGAAAAAUAUCAUUGUAGGAGAAAAACCCAUGGAAUUUAUUGCACCUAGUGGCCUUGGUCUUACAAUAUCAAUGUUUAAAGGGGGAACUCUUAGUAACCGAGCAAUUCAGCAUGGAGAUGCAGUUUAUGUGUUUCCAGAUGUCUGUGACAUUCUUUCAGAUGUUGGCUGUUGGGGCAAUGAAACAUUGGGAGUGAUGGCAGUUUCCUGGCCAGCCAUUCUCGAUUCAUAUGGAAACAGUGUUGAUCUUUUAUCUAAUGACACUAAAACAUUGCAACUCAUAAUGCUAACCGAAGACUUAGAUAUGAUGCACAUUUCAAAUUCAACAGGUUGGUUUACAAUUAAGGUGCCCAGAGGUAGCAAGAAAGAAGGGGCUGAACCAGCUUUACCAGAACCAAACUAUGUCCAUGCUCAAAUUAAAUGGAAUGAAGAAAUGGUGUACCAUCAAUUUAUUGUGGAAAAAGCAGAUUCAUCUGUAAAUAUCGAAAUCACGCCAACAAAUCCGGAAGUUGACUUACUUGUGUUUGUGAAGCACAGAGUAAAGCCUCUCCUACAUUCAUAUGAUCUUAUGAUCAAUUUAGAAAAUGUCAGAGAAGAGAAUGGUACUUAUGAUCUAUUCUUGAAUAAUGAGGUAAUACUGAAUCGUACCGGCUUCUUCUAUUUGGGAAUCAUUGAAGCAAACUCCACAGCUCUCAACACCUCCAUACCUGAGGAUAUGAUGUUUGACAGUGAACUAAAUUUCACCCAUGGAGAAGCUGUCCGUGAUUUCUCCACAAAUUAUUCAGUCCGGAUAUAUACAUCCGGAUGCUAUUUUUACAAUUAUGAACUCAAAAUUUGGUCUGGAGCUGGUUGUUAUGUUGAAAAUGCCACAGCUGCUCUGACACAGUGCAAAUGCAAUCACUUGACAUCGUUUGGUGGUGGAUUCUUUGUUGCUCCUAAUACAGUAGACUUCAGUUAUGUCUUUGCGAAUGCUGGUUUUGCAGACAAUGUUACUAUCUAUAUGACUAUAAUAAACAUAAUGCUAAUUUAUUUAGCAUUAUUAAUAUGGGCACGGAGACAAGACAUAAAAGACAAAGAAAAACUUGGAGCUACUCCAUUACCAGAUAAUGAUCCUGAUGAUAAGUAUCUGUAUGAAAUGGUAGUGUUUACAGGUAACACAGAUGCAGCAGCAACAGAUUCUAAGGUGCAAUUUAUCUUAUCGGGUGAUGAUGAUGAAACAGUUGUGCGAACUCUUGAAGAUCCAAAGCGAAAACUGUUUAGACGUAAUGCUGCAGAUACUUUUGUAAUGGCUGUGCCAAGGCCUCUGGGAAGAUUGAACUACUUGCGAAUAUGGCAUGACAAUUCUGGUAAAGGCAAAUUCAAAUCAUGGUUCCUUAACUUUGUGGUUAUACGUGAUGUGCAGACUGGAGCACGCUAUGAAUUUGUGUGCAAUCGAUGGUUGGCUGUAGAGAAAGAAGAUGGACUGAUUGAUCGACUUUUACCAGUUGCUGGAAAAGGGGAAGCUACAGAGUUUAAUCAUUUGUUCCAACAAAAAACUCAAAAGAAUUUAUCUGAUGGGCAUCUUUGGUUCUCAAUAUUUAUGAGACCACCUAAGAGUCGAUUCACUAGAGCCCAGAGAGUCACCUGUUGUUUUGCCAUGCUGUUUUUAUCCAUGUUAGUGAAUGCCAUGUGGUAUGGACGUGUGCCUUCGAAACCAUCUGGAUCAGCAAUUAACAUUGGACCACUUUCUAUGAGUCCAGAACAAAUUGGUGUUGGUGUGAUGGCUAAUUUUAUUGUUUUCCCACCAACCUUCCUGAUGAUAACCUUAUUCCGAAAAUCCAGGCUUCGCAAUUUAAGACCUUCACAUAUCACUGAAGCCAUUAAAAAGCAGAAAGCUUCAAAGAAGAAACUGUCCACAGUUUCCAGACCAGGAUCUGCACAUUCUGGAACAACUUUGAUUUUGGAUGACAUUUCUCAAGAAGAUGAAUCCCGUCGUGAAAAUCGUUUUGGGGCCCAAAAGAAAAAGAAGAAGAAGUUCUUGUUUCCCUGGUGGUGUCGAAUUAUUGCUUGGCUUUUGGCGGUUGCCAGCAUUGUCGUUUCGUGCUUCUUCCUGUGGGCUUAUGGUGUGCAGUUUGGAGACGAGAAAACCAAAAAAUGGAUAACAUCACUCCUGAUCUCAUUCUUCAGCUCAAUUUUGAUCACUCAGCCUAUUAAGGUGUUCUUGGUUGCCAUGUUCUUCUCUGCCAUCUUUAAAACUGUGGACACUGAAGAAGAGGAAGAUGAGGACGAGGAGCCGCCAGAGCUUGCUUCUGAUGAAGAGUGGCUACACAAAGAACCAGAAACGAAAGAUGACAAGAAGAAGUUACUGUACAAACCGGCGGAUAUGGCGAAGAUGGAAUGGGCGAAACUAGAAAGAUUAAAAGAAAUGCAAAUGACAGCCAUACUGAAAGAGAUUUUCUCCUACUGCUUCUUCAUCUGGAUUCUAACCGUUCUCAGUUAUGGCAAUCGAGAUCCCAGUGCCUAUUAUUUGAGACAAAACUUGAAAGACACUUUUAUUAAAGAAGGCGCAGACGACGGCUUUAUGGCGGUAACUACCACAGCAGACUUCUAUAAAUGGACAAGAAAUAUCUUGAUACCAGAAUUAAUUGUUGGCAAAUGGUACAAUGGUGACCAACCUUUUGGGCUCCGAGGCUUUUUGAAUGACAGAGUGAACAGAAUCAUGGGAUAUGGAAUGCUUCGGCAAGUCCGAAUCAAAGAAAGGUCUUGUAAUGUGGAUAAGCGAGUGAAAAGCCUGACGGAAGUCUGCCGAUCCCAUUCCAACCUCAUUUUUGAAGAUAAAAAGAGUUAUGAACCUGGGUGGAAAGUCGAGGCCCAGAACGAUACAAAUGAUGAAUAUCGAUACAGAACGUCAAAAGAACUGAAUGGUUUACCUUUCUGGGCUAUUAGGGAUGUGUACGGUGGGGGAGGUUACGUCUUUCCAUUGCGCGGCACGCCAGAAAAACUAAAAGAAGAAGUGUUCCGCUUGGAAAAAAGUGAUUGGAUUGACGAACGAACCAGAGCCGUCUUUGCAGAAUUCUCAGUCUACAAUGCACAAGUGAAUUUGUUCGGUGUCAUGACGAUAGUUGCAGAAUUUCUGCCCGGUGGAGGCGUUGUUCCAUUCUACCGCCUCGAAGUUAUUCGGCUCAUGAGAUAUCACCAAGGUUUUGGGGCAUUUGUCUUAGCUUGCGAGUUAGGCUAUGUCAUAUUCACUUUGUAUUUCUUGUAUCGAGAAUAUAAAAAAUUCAGAAUGGAAGGCAGAGAUUAUUUCAAAGCGUAUUGGAAUUUGGCAGAAGUUAUGGUUAUUGGUCUGUCCAUCAGUGCCAUAGUGUUCUAUUCCUAUAGGAUGCUGGUCACUAGAAAGAUCUUGAGCACCUUUGAGAAAACACACGGUAAUGGUUAUAUCAAGAUGCAGUUUGUGGCAUCGGUUGAUGAAGUUUUCGGCUUCCUGGUCGCUUUCUUAAUGUUUAUUGCCAUCUUGAAGUUCAUCAAGUUGGUGAGGUUCAACAAAAGAAUGGGCAUCCUGUUCAGCACACUUGCCUUGUGCGCCAAAGAUCUGAAAUCGUUCUUUGUCGUUUUUGGCGUCAUCUACCUCGCCUUUGUCCAGUUUUUCUACCUCGUGUUUGGCGUUACGAUGCGAGAAUUUUCAUCUUUUGUCACUGCUGCCGAAACGACGUUCGCCAUCAUGAAUGGUGGCGGCUUCGAUUUCGACGAAAUGUGCCUUGCCGCACCGAUACUGGGUCCUUUGUCGUUCUUUGUCUUCUGCCUGAUAACGACGAUCAUACUGCUGAACAUCUUCGUCACUCUAAUCCUGAGCUCAUUCCAGGAUGUCAAAGAGGACAUCGGAAAACAGGCCAACGACUACGAAAUCGUCGACUUCAUGUGGAAGAAGUUGAAAGGAUUCUUUUUCAUCUUCGAUGAUGACAAACCCAAGAAUGAUGACGACUUCGAUAAUGAUGUCAAGCCCAUCUUCAGGCUUUCGGCGAAUGAUGACAAGAUACAGGAUUUCCCAGAGAAAGUGGACAGGCUCCUUAAUCACAUAAAUUCGUUCUACUUUGAUGGGCAGCUGGAUCUGAAUAGCAAGAAGGCUCUGAAAAGUCUCUACAAGAAAGAUGACGAUAACGAUUACGAUUUUGGAAUGACAAAGGGCAACGCAAAAUCGGAUAAGAUGUCUUUUAUGAGUUGGAAUAAUCGUUAAGGAUUAUUAUUAUUAUUUCUUUUUUUCCCCAUGAAGCACCCUGAAGUAUAGCUUUAUCAUAGGGAAGCAUAUUACUUGUUUCUGAUAUUUAGUAUCACUGUUCAGUAAUUUUUUUUCAUGUGUAAAUAAAUAAUUUAUUUUUAAUGAAUUAUUUAAUUGUAAAUAAUUAGUUGUUCCAAAAAACUUUCUUUUGCAUAGAAAAGAUAUGCUUUCACAUUCCUUUAAAGGAAAAAAAAUUCAUAUUUCAGUCUAAUUUUUUGCGCUUUUAUUUUACAGAAUGAAUUUGAGGACUUUAUUUAUUCAAUUUCUAGAUCAAUAUUCUACGCACAGU